AUGAUGGACAUGGACAUGCCAGAGUCUGGCUCCGGGGGCGUCCCCUGGCUGGACCAGCCGGUGAUGCUGCACUCUUCCCGCGCCGACAGCUGCUCCAUGACUCCCGGACAAUGCGCAUAUCGUAACUACCACUGGAGAUAUUGGUACGAGGCUGACCACGUGUACUCGCUAAACACGAUAUAUUUCUUCUGCGCAGCGGUCGGGGUCUUCGCCGUCGCCAAUUUCCUGGCCAAGUAUGCACCGGUGCAGGUCAGGAGGAGUGCGCUUUGGCGGAAGGCCACGGCGGGGUUACGGUAUCUGGCGUAUAGGGGGUAUGAGUUGCCGGUGGUGAGGUAUUGGUCGCCGAGUUUGGGUGUCAUACUCCUGGGGCUUGCGGGAACGGUGUUCUUCUUCGCGAUGACGCUCGGUCCGAAGCCCUAUUACUGGCCGGAAGUACAGGCCAAAUCUUACGGGAGUAGUCCGCCUCUUGCGACGAGAACGGGAUGGAUGGCUUUGGCGAUACUGCCUUUUGUUUUGGCGUUCGGAGCUAAAGCGAACCUGAUCUCUGCGUUGACUGGUGUGCCUCAUGAGAAGUUGCAGGUGUUUCAUCAAUGGUCCAGUUAUGCUAUGUUCGUCCUCGGACUCAUCCACACCUUCCCGUUCAUCGUGUACCACAUCCACAAGGGCGAUAUGGUUAUGGAGUGGAAUACGAGUUUGACAUACUGGACCGGUGUUGCGACGCUCAUUCCCCAGGCUUAUUUGACGGUCAUGUCGUUGCCUUCUAUUCGGAAUCGGUACUAUGAAUUCUUCAAAGCAACCCACUUCAUCGUCGCAUUGCUGUUUAUCCUUUUCUUCUUUUUCCAUUGCGAUUUCCGACUAUCAUCCUGGGACUACUUCAUCGCCGCCGGCGCAAUCUAUCUCCUCUCCCUCUUCACAGCCCAAAUCCGAACCUUCUUCAUCCAUGGCGUCCACUCAGCAACCCUCGACCUCCUCCCAUCCGGCCUCCUCCGUGUGAAAAUUCCAACCAUCAUAUCAUGGUACCCCGGCCAACACGUCUUCGUCCGCUUCUUCACUCUCGGUCUACACUCACUCACAACGCAUCCGUUCACGAUUGGUUCCAUUGCCUACGACCCGGAAACAAUGGGAAAAGCAUCCGAGAUUGUCUUCUAUAUCAAACCGAAACGCGGGGUUACGGGCCGUCUUGCCAGAAUCGCUGAGAAGAGUCCCAGCUGCACAAGGAAGGUCCUGUUGGAGGGCCCGUAUGGUGGUCUUUCCGAGACACGUCUCGGGCAGUUCGAUCGUGUACUUGUGAUUGCCGGUGGAUCGGGUGGAGGCUUCUCAUUAUCCGUGCUCGAAGAAGCGCUGAAGCAACCUUCCCUUGCGCAUGGAAAUAUCCAAAUCGUCUUCGCGACUCGUCAGCAAAACAUGGCAGAUUGGUACAUUGACGAAGUCGAAACGAAACUAUCCACCUUUAACGCCCCCCAAAACAACCCCAUCUCCAUCUACAUCACAUCGCAUAACCAACCUGACCCUGCCAAUAUAAAAACCAAAGAACCAGAUGCAGACCCCGAACCCGAAACCGGACCAACCGACACCAAAAACAAGGAACUUUCUGAACCAAACACAACUUCCACCCCCACAUAUUUGGGCUCAUACAGCAUCGCCGUGAAUAGACCCUUCCGGCCUAAUCUCCCCGAGAUAGUCGCUGCGGCUACCAGCGGAGAAUCAGGGGAAAAGGUUGGAGUGUUUGUCUGCGGGCCAGCUAGUAUGUUGCAUGAUACGCGUAACGCGGCUGCGCGGGCGCAGAGAGGGGUGUUUGGGGGGGGUCUUGAGGAGGUUUUUUUGCAUACGGAGCCCUUUUCGUGA